AUGCGAAUUACCGAUGAUGACAGACUGUUUUUCCAACAGUGGAAACAGACAACAUUACCAUUUGAAAAAUGGACACAUAAAGCUCACCUAUUAGUCUCGUUUAUUAUUGUCAAUGAACAUUUGGGUGAUAAAAAUGCAAUUUACAAGGAAAUGAAAGAGGGAAUCGAACGUUUUAACUCAAUACAUAAAGAGAAAUUGAAAGUUGGAUUUCAUGAAACUAUCACUCGUUUUUGGCUUAAUCAAAUGGAAUUAUCCGUCGAGAAACAUAAAGAGGAAAAUAAUUUAGAUUUUGAAGAAUUUCUGAACAAAGAAAAACAUCUAUUAGACACACGGUUAAUGUUCGAAUAUUAUUCAAAAGAAUUACUUUUCUCCGAACAGGCAAAAAAAACAUUUGUCAGUCCUGAUCUUAAAUAA